GGUGCUCUCGCGCCUGCCUAACUGCCUAAAGUUACCUGUCGACAAAAAGAACGCGCUGCGGAGCACAUCUGCCUAGUUAUUAGUUACUCUCUGCCUAUUACAGUGUGUCAGUGCCUAUGCCUAGCAUUAAUACCAUUAAUACCAUUGAUACCCCAGAUACUAGGCAGAUACAGCGUCUCAUAGGUCAAUCUCAAUGACACAUGCAUUCUACCUACCUACCUACCUAAGGGUAUUCAUUCAUUCAACAUAUGAACCCUCAAUGAUACCUACAUAUACCUACUUUACCUACCAGUAGUCGGUAGAAUGACCUAGUUUUCAACAAAAAUUAAAAAGGUUUCUACGGCACAUAUUUCAUCAACUUCUUUUCUCAAUUACCAGUCAUCAAGUACACAACCUUCGCCACCAUGGCAGACAAAGAGGCCACGGUUUACAUACUUGACCUAGGGUCUUCGAUGGCUGACUGCCACAGUGGAAGGGUUGAAUCAGACCUCGACUGGAGCAUGCGCUAUGUAUGGGACAAAAUCACAACCACUGUGGGCGCAUCAAGGAAGACAUGGACCGUGGGAGUAGUCGGCGUGAGGACCGACGGAACUGAUAAUCCCUUGCAAGAGGAACAUGGUGAAUCCUACGAGAAUAUUUCUGUCUUGCGAGAGCUUGGCCCCAUGAGCCUGGGUGAUGUCCGCGACCUUCAAGGCCUUGUGAAACCCAGCAACACCGAAGCUGGCGACUGUAUCUCGGCUAUAGUAGUAGCCGUAGAGAUGAUCGAGAAGUUCACAAAGAAGCUAAAAUACAAGCGUAAAAUCAUUCUAGUUACUGACGGCGAGGGCUGUAUCGAUCCGGAUGAUAUCGAUGACAUAUCAGCCAAGAUCGACGGAUCUGGUAUUGAACUCAUAGUCUUAGGUGUGGAUUUUGACGAUGCCGAAUUUGGCUUCAAGGAAGAGGAUAAGUCCAGUCAGAAAAAGACCAAUGAAGGCAUCCUUAAGGAGCUCGUUGAAAAAUCCAAUGGGCUAUAUGGCACCAUCGCAGAGGCCAUUGCCGAACUCGAUAUACCGAGACUGAAGCCCGUUAGACCAUACAAGAGCUAUGAUGGAGAGCUCACCCUUGGAAACCCCGAUGAACACCCAGACGCUUUGAGCAUUAGUGUGCAACGAUACUUCAAGACGCACAAAGCGACAAUACCGCCCGCAAGUCGAGUAGUGCUUCAGACCGAAAAUGAUGAGAUGGAGGACAUAGAGCCUACUGCUGCAUUCGCUUCUGUGAAGAAUGCCCGGACAUACAAGGUCAAUGAUCCCGAGGCACCGGGAGGGAAACGGGAUGUCGAGUUUGAGUCCCUAGCCAAAGGCUACGAAUACGGAAGGACAGCUGUACAUAUCAGCGAAUCAGAACACAACAUUACCAAGCUUGAGACUACCAAAUGCUUUACUAUCUUAGGCUUCAUACAACAAGAGAAGUACGAGCCAUUCUUCAACAUGGGGGAAACUGGUGUGACAGUUGCUCAACAGUUAAACGACGCGGCCUCACUAAAGCUUUCAUCACUCAUACACUCUCUUCAGGAGCUAGAGUCCUACGCAGUGGCGCGGCUAGUAACGAAGGAUGGAAAGGAUCCAGCUCUUGUCCUUCUUGCACCUCACAUUGAGCCCGAAUUUGAAUGCUUAUAUGACAUCCCACUACCCUUUGCGGAAGAUGUCAGAAACUACCAAUUUCCGCCACUCGACAAGGUGGUUACCGUCACCGGUAACAAAAUAUACGAAGAUCAUCGACUUUUACCAAGUAAGGAUCUGUCAGAAGCUAUGGAUGACUAUGUCGAUGCCAUGGAUAUAUCUCAUUGGGAAAAGGAUGACGAGGGGAACCGCACCAUGGAAUACGCAGCAGUCGAAGAUGUGUAUUGUCCUCCGCUUCAUCGUAUUAAUCAAGUUGUGCGGCAUCGCGCAGUCUAUCCAGAUCAGCCUAUUCCCCCGAUACCCAAAAUAUUGCUCAAAUACGCAAAUCCACCAGAGGACCUAAUGUCUAAGGCCAAAUCAAAGCUUGAAGAGCUCAUCUCCGAAGCCAGCGUCAAGAAAGUGCCUCCUAAAGCCCAAGGUAGGAGAGAGAAGGGAAACAAACCCGAGCCAAUUUCGGGUCUAGACAUCGACGCACUCCUCAACCAGCCUCAUAAUAGGCGAAAUAAAAUCACCAUAGAAAAUUCUAUCCCUGAGUUCUGGCAGAUGAUGGAUCGCGCGAGUGAAGAUUUCGAAAUCGAAGAUGCGGCGAAACAAAUGGGUGACAUUAUUCGCUCGCUUGUGAAGAACAGCCUUGGGAUUAGUAACUACGACCGAGCCAUUGAAAACAUCAGUGUCUUUAGAAAAGCUAUGAUGAAAUGGGAGAGGCCGGAUUUGUUCAACUCCUUCUUAAAGGAUUUCAAGGAACGCUUGGACACUUCCGAGUUCAACGGCAACAGGCGGGAGCUGUGGCGGCAAAUAAAAGGGCAGGGAAAUAGGCUAGGUCUGAUUGAUCAAGAUACAUCUGAACCGUCUAAUGUGACCCGUACGCAAGCAGCAGAGUUCUUUGCUCAGUAGGUUCUGGUUUUAUCUAGAUCCGCGAUGUAGGGCAACAAAACGUUGAGACCUAGACAAGACCAUAGAUAGUUUGGCAAGUUAGUACUAACUUAAGCCAAAGCUGCUUCGUCCCUUGAGAAUAAUGAAGUUCGACAGCAGUUGAUACCGUCUUAUACUUGUAGCAUGCAUGUUCUAAGCUGAUAUAUUAGAGUAUAUUAUGAAAGCACCGUAGCCAUGUAGCUAAGAGACAAGCCGCCAUCCAGUCUACUGAGUGACAGGAAGCUAGAGAACAUCAUCACGAGGGUGUCGUAAGUCCGGCUAUAAGCACUAUGUUUUAUCCCCGUGUUAAGACUUUUUGUGUCAACUUGC